AACAUCAUGCGACACGGUCACAAACUCCCUCGUUUCAGUGGGAGCACUAAGCGUCGUGCGGCGUUGUUAAAAAAUCUAGCUACAGCUCUUGUAAAACAUGAGAGAAUCACGACCACCGUGGCAAAGGCCAAGGCCAUGAAGAAAUACGGAGACAAGAUUAUCACUCUGGGAAAGAGGGGCGACUGGAGAUCGAAAUUGAGAGCAGAUAUGUGGAUGAAAGAACCCGGUCUUGUUGACAAACUCUUCGGUCCCUUAGCAUUACGUUACCAAGAUCGUCCCGGUGGCUACACUCGAGUACUCAGAAUCCCCAACCGCAAGGGCGACAAUGCACCAAUGGCAAUCAUCGAAUACGUUGACAAUGAUCUACCGUCACUGCUGCCCACAAAGGGAAUGCAUCCGUUGAUACAGAACAGAAAGAUGGAAGAGAGAGUGAGAAUGAAGAGAAGAGAAACGGAACCACAACGAACUGACAUUCCAUUAGAGGGAACUCCUGUGUGAAUGUUGUAUGUUGCAUUGAGAGGUUCUUGUUGUAUUAUAUUUUGCAUGUUUGUUGUUACGUAUUAGUUGAUGAUGUGUCGUUUGUAUAGGCAUAUGGAUAGAUUAGUACAUAAACAAAUAUAUAGGUUAAAUGUGAGUGUAUGCUCUUGUCUGUCUGUCUAUUUGUCUGUCUGUCCAUACAUGUAUUGAAUAAAUCAAUGCUAUUACAGGC